UCAGGGCCGCUCCGUCGUCCCUGUCACUACCAAAUACCCUCACCAACCCGCCCUUACAUUACCUACCUACAUGCCCACCUCGGUGUAUGUAGGUACGUUGUGCAGGCAGUCUGUCACAUUUUUGCUCCUCCGCUCGGCGCUUUAUCUCCAGACUUGCGGUUCAGCGUCAUUCUGCGACCUGCGAUAGCACAUCGUGCGAGCCGUUUGGUUGCUCUCCUGACCGCCUGCCUGCCCGCCACGACGUCCAAAGCCCGCGCUGCGAAGAUGAAGAUAGGCUGCCUGCAAUUUGCGCCCCAAGUCGGCGACGUCGAUAACAAUUUGAACCGUGCCGAUGCCAUCCUGAACAAGGCAAACCCCGAGGGGUUGGAUAUCCUCGUCCUGCCGGAGCUGGCAUUUACAGGGUACAACUUUCGGUCGCUGCGCGAUAUCUCGCCUUUCCUCGAACCGACAGGCGCCGGCAUCACCUCCAUCUGGGCCCGAACGACAGCUCUGAAACACAACUGCGUCGUCGUCGUCGGCUAUCCGGAAAAGGUCGAUGUUUCGCACAAGUGGCCGACGUCCCCCGAGCAAUACAAUUCCGCUAUCAUCGUCAACCAAGAUGGAGACACGUUGGGCCAUUAUCGGAAAUCAAACCUGUAUUAUACUGACGAGACCUGGGCUCUCGAAGGACCCGGCUUCUACGAUGGCCAUAUCCCCGGCGUCGGCAAGGUGGCUAUGGGCAUCUGCAUGGAUAUUAACCCCUACAAGUUUCAGGCGCCGUGGCACCAAUUUGAGUUCGCAGUACACGUCCUAGACAUCGCUGCAAAUGUGGUUAUUCUCUCGAUGGCCUGGCUUACGAACGAAAGUCAGCAAGUUUUCUCCACCAAGCCAGCCGAACCCGAUUUGGAUACCUUGAUGUACUGGGUCACGAGGCUCGAGCCCCUGAUCAGGUACGAGAGUGAAGAAGAAAUCAUCGUCAUCAUCGCCAAUCGUACCGGGAUCGAAGACGAAGCCGUUUAUGCAGGAACAAGUGCCGUCCUCGGUAUCCAAGAGGGGGAAGUAAAGGUGUACGGCCUCCUUGGCCGCGGUGAGAAGGAACUCCUCGUCGUCGAUACAGACGAACCAAUACUGGCUAAGCUGGUAUACCGCCCGGAUGACGGGGAGCGAGCCGUCGCCGGAUCGGCUGGAGAGGCUCAAAUGCCCUCGGGGGAUGAACCCACUAGAGGAGGUCCAUCGAGCUCGCGAGGCUACUCGCCGAUGUUACCACCGAAGCCGGACGAGUCUAGGGGUGACUAUGCACCGUUUCGACAGCAGGCAAAUGACGAGUCACCGAUCUCGCCUAUGUCAUCCCGGAAACAAACGCCUCUGGGUUUUUCUAUGUCUACUCGUAGCGCAACCCCAAUCCGUUCGCCAGAGCAAUUGCCCCAACGACGCCAACCGACACCCGUGGAUAGCAUCGGCGUCACGAGAACCUCUCCCGACAAGCCCCGGACCAUAACCGGAUCGGGGAAGUCUAUGCCACGAAACAGGGACGGGGGCCGGGACUUGGAUGCCAGGAUGGUACAUAAGAGCACAGCACCUGACCGCCAGCAGGCAUUGUUAUCUCCGGAUCUGGAGAAGUUGGGUGCGGACCUCAUGGUGUUUGAAGGGGACUCAGCUAGCCGGCCAAAACGUGACAGCCUCGUGUGUCACGUAGACGAGGACGACUACGUCGUAUUGCGGACGGAGCGUAAAGAUACGGCUGGCAAGAAACUCCCGGCUCAAUCAGACGCACAUACGAGCCGCUCCAAAUCUCGAGAUGUGUCCAAGCCUCAUGACUCUUCGAAACGGAGAAACGGGAGAUCCCACUCGAGAAAUAAAGUCUCGGUCGAGUCGUCAGCUCUGUCUCCUAAGACGGGUGAUAGGACGCGCGUCCGAUCGGCAAGUCGAGGAAGACGCCGCGCUGAUAGCACGUCGUCACCCAAACACUCUCACGGUCGCGUCACGUCCAAUGGAAUUCCCCUGCCAGGACGAGGUGACAUUCGGGAGACAACUGCAGAUGUCGGCCGCCAGCACAGACGGCAGGGCGACAACACAUCGGCCAUGCGGUUGUCGCCUAUUCAUCGGAGCCGAGAAACUCCACCGCCAUUACCGAGCAAGGCGGGCCGAAACAAGGGGCCGGAGCGGGCAGUCGAACGCGAGGAAAGAUUGCCUGCAAAGACGAGGCAUCGCAACGAAGACUCCAACCACUCUGGUGCAGCCUACACCACGGAGAAGGAAGCGGCACCUAAAGCCAUCGCGGAGAGGGUCCCCCCUACUCCCAAGGCCAUGGUGCUCCCUCCGGAUUAUGACAACGACAACGGUCAUCGAAGCAUGCCUGUGCCGCCGAAAGAGCAACCACAAGCGGCAGCCGUCAAAUGCCUCGAUAAGGAAGCCGAAGCGCGGGAGAGGCCGAGGAGUGCGGUAUGGUGAGUCCGGGCUUAGCUAUCUAUGCGUGUAACAUUGCCAUCUUGAUUCCUUCAGCGUGGAGUUUAGGAGGAGGGGAUAUUCCUAGUUUGUACAACGUUUGAACGUGUAUCCUUGGAAACGAGUUUUACCGUCGAUGGGAAUAGGCGGUGUUGAACAUUUGGCGAACGUUGGAAACUGGAAUGACGUUGGGAACGAGUCGCCUCGGCCGAUCCUGGCCGGUUGUAGUUAGUGGAGAUGGCAAGUAGGUCAGCAAUAUACGUUAACAACAGACAAGGGGACCGCGUACGCUGGCGUUUUCAAGCGAUGUCGACUGCGAAGCGAGGCGGGUAGACAUUUAGGAACAGAGAAGUAUAUAUGUUACGUGUGUAGACAGGAGAGAUUCGUGUUUCUGCACUGGCUGGAGCUUCGUAAAAUCGGCUUGCCUACUGUCGAGGUCUUGUGUUGG